CGCGCGCCGUGCCGCGCGGCCACGAGAGUGUGUAGAGUGCGCGUGGUGGAGAUGGGCGAGACCAUGUCUAAGAGACUGAAGUUGCAACUCGGCGGGGAGGCAGAAAUGGAGGAGCGGGCGUUUACCAAUCCCUUCCAGGACUACGAGGCUGCCGCUUCCGCGGUGCUUGCCGCUGGAGCUGCUGAGGAGACUGGCAGUGCUCGACCCCCGUCCACCACGGACGAGCUCGGCCUGCCUUUUAAUAACGAUGGGAAGAUCAUCCAUAGUUUCACAAGGCGAAUCCAGACCAAAAUUAAAGAUCUACUACAGCAAAUGGAAGAAGGGCUGAAGACAGCUGAUCCACAUGACUGCUCUGCGUAUACUGGUUGGACAGGCAUAGCCCUGUUGUACCUGCAGCUGUACCGGGUCACAUGUGAUCAGACCUAUCUGCUGCGGUCCCUGGAUUAUGUGAAGAGGACACUUCGCAAUUUGAAUGGCCGCAGGGUCACCUUCCUCUGUGGAGAUGCUGGGCCCCUUGCGGUAGGAGCUGUGGUGUACCAUAAACUCAAAAGUGAUUGCGAAUCCCAGGAAUGCAUCGCAAAACUUUUGCAGCUCCAGAGAAGCGUUGUGUGUGGAGAUUCAGACCUUCCUGACGAGCUGCUUUACGGACGGGCAGGUUAUCUGUAUGCCUUACUAUACCUGAACACGGAGAUUGGCCCAGGCACCGUGUGUGAGUCAGCCAUUAAAGAGGUAGUCAGUGCUAUUAUUGAGUCUGGUAAGACUCUGUCCAGGGAAGAGAGAAAAGCUGAGCGCUGUCCCCUGUUGUAUCAAUGGCACAGGAAGCAGUAUGUCGGAGCAGCCCAUGGCAUGGCUGGAAUCUACUACAUGUUAAUGCAGCCAGCAGCAAAAGUGGACCAAGAAACCUUGACAGAAAUGGUGAAGCCGAGUAUUGAUUAUGUGCGCCACAAAAAGUUCCGAUCUGGGAAUUACCCGUCGUCAUUAAGCAAUGAGACAGAUAGAUUGGUCCAUUGGUGCCAUGGUGCUCCUGGUGUCAUCCACAUGCUUAUGCAGGCGUACAAGAUGUUUAAGGAGGAGAAGUACUUGAAGGAUGCCAUGGAGUGCAGUGAUGUCAUCUGGCAGCGAGGCUUGCUACGCAAGGGCUAUGGUAUCUGCCAUGGGACGGCUGGAAAUGGCUACUCCUUCCUCUCUCUGUACCAUCUCACGCAGGACAAGAAGUACCUCUACAGGGCUUGCAAGUUUGCAGAGUGGUGUCUAGACUACGGAGCCCACGGGUGCCGCAUUCCUGACAGACCCUAUUCUCUGUUUGAAGGCAUGGCUGGUGCUAUCCACUUCCUCUCCGACGUCCUGGGACCAGAGGCGUCACAGUUUCCAGCAUUCGAACUUGGUUCUUCACAGAGGGAUAAAAAGGUGCAAAAAGACAACUAAAAUACCCAUUUGGACCAAAAGCCACUAGAUGGCUUAGUGCCUGACACAGAACCAACUGAAUCCUGAAAGAGAAAAAAAACACUUUCACAGGCCCCCUUUUGUUCCAAAGACCCUGCAGUUAGAGCAUGAGUGAAGAAGCCAUCCAUCAGCUUGUUGUAACAGCAUUUUCCUCACUGGUGUAAAAUACGAAUUCUCCAUAGCCAGACUCUCAGUAGCAUUUGCAUGUUUCUUGGUGUUGUCUGUAGGUGUAAGUUCUAACCAGAAAGCCCUUCUCUUUCCAUGAGUCCCGAGCCAACCAUGCAUGAGUGUCUUCAGCAGCCGCGCUUGUGUACACAGCGUAUACAUAGGGAACAGUCAGGCCAUGGCUCUCUUUUUGUCUAUCAGAUUAUCUAAGGUGAUACCCUCGGAUCAUACUUUGUCAGCAUUUUCCAUGGGCACCACUCCAAAAACAGAGAAGAAACUGAACAGAUAAGAGGAGGCUUUGCUGCUUUGAGGGAGUAAGUCUUUCCACAAAGGAGUUGAGUGCUUCCUCUUGUGUUUUGUGCCCCAUCUUAGUGUUUUUAAGAACCCAUGGGGGUGCAGUGCAGCUCUAUGAGGGCUCACCAUCUUCAGCAGAAGCUUCAGGCAUUUGUUGUGAACCUCAAAAGACUCCUGGCAGCCCAAGGCAGUUAGUGUCCUGGCAAAUGGACUUCAUGAAGUCAAGGGUAACAUUCAAGGGAAGCUUGGCAAUGUCCGCCUUAAAUAACAAGUAGCAACAACUAAGCAUUUGCAGUUCUAGAACCUUUUUCCUGGCGUGUAUAAUUAAAACAGAUGCCACCUCAAUUUUAUUUAUCAGCGUUAUUACUAAUUGUUGCAGAACAGUGGGUACGAUUUUAGAUGGCUGAAAAACAAAGAUGUUCAACUGGACCCAUGUCCCUGUAAUUAAUUUACCAGAUUGUUUAAAUAAGUUUAUCAAAGUAUGAAUUUGGGAUGAAUACAGUUCUUAUUUUUUUGCCCCCAUCUUACAUUUGAUGAAAUGCUUUAGCAUAAAAGCACUGGUCUGUAUUUAUACAUAUGAAAAACGUAAUGUUCUAGUCAAGAAAAUUAGGCCAUUAUUUGUCUGACUUUUUUUAUUUAAAAUUAGGCACAUUAAUUUGGAUUAGCCUACCCUCAGUAAUUCUAUUGUGAAGAUUUCAGUGUUCAGAAGGUUUUUUGUCAUCAUGGUACCACCCAAGUCAUAUGGGACUUUCAAGAACUUCUCACCUUGCGAGCUCACCCUCAUGUCAUAAAAGACAAUAUAGGACCUUCUAAUG